AUGAAAGACGAGAUUCCUAUAAGUACCUACUGCAGACUGCUUACUAAUUGUACAACCACCUUUAAUAAUAGACUAGCUGACUAUAGUACCGCCUUUAAUAAUAGACUAGAUGAUUAUAUUACAAAAUUUAAUAAUAGACUAGCUGACUAUAGUACCACCUUUAAUAAUAGACUAGCUGACUAUAGUACCACCUUUAAUAAUAGACUAGAUGAUUAUAUUACAAAAUUUAAUAAUAGACUAGCUGACUAUAGUACCACCUUUAAUAAUAGACUAGCUGACUAUAGUACUACCUUUAAUGCUAGACUACCUGACUAUAGUACCACCUUUAAUGCUAGACUAGAUGAUUAUAUUACAACAUUUAAUAAUAGACUAGCUGACUAUAGUAUAACCUUUAAUAAUAAACUAGCUGACUAUAGUGCCACAUUUAAUACUGGACUUGCACACGAUAUUACCACUUUUAAUAAAAGACAAGUGUAUAACCUUUAA